CCCCAGCUCUGUUAGAUCCCAAUGUAACCUAAUUUAACCAUUCGAAUUAGGGCCCUUUACAAUAAAGUCUCAAUUAUACUAAAACACAGUGACCAGAUGUAUCAAUGAUCUCAUCAAUAAUAUAACAUACAGUAAUGUGUUCACAGUGGGACCUAGUAUGUAGCAGACGGGCGCUCUACUCCACCACACAGGCGAUGGUGUCAAUUGGGGAUUUCAUCGGAUCUCUGGUUUUUGGCUGCCUUAUAGAGGAGAUUGGUCGUCGACGGUCGAUGCUGCUAGCCAGUGCGAUGACGUUUGUGACUGGAAUGGUGGCAGCCUUCUCCCCAACUCUUUAUUUCUACAUGGUGAUGCGUAUCCUAAUCUCUACAUUUACUAUUGCGACCGACAUAGCCUGCGUGAUCCUCU